CCAGCCCCCCCUUUUUUUCUUUUGAGAAGUUGACUUUGCUGCUUCUCAGACACGCACGUCAUCUGCAAUCUCCAGAGAUUUAGUGUGAUACCAUGAGCGCCGAGGCAGAUGAAUCUAAAGAAGUGGCAACAGAUGUCUUCAAUUCCAAAGGUUUGGCCAUCCAGGCCCAGAAGAAAAUCCUUGGCAAAAUGGCAUCUAAAUCCAUAGCAAAUGCUUUGAUAGAUGACACUAGCAGUGAUGUGUUGGAUGAACUUUACAGAGUGACAAGGCAAUACACACAAAACAAAAAGGAAGCGGAGAAGAUCAUUAAAAAUCUCAUUAAGACUGUAAUCAAGUUAGCAAUCCUCUACAGGAAUAACCAGUUUAAUCAAGAAGAGAUCAUCCUUAUGGAGAAAUUCAAGAAGAAAGUUCACCAGUUGGCCAAAACUGUGGUGAGCUUCCAUCAAGUGGAUUAUACCUUUGACAGAAAGUUUUUGUCAAAACUCUUGAAUGAAUGCAGAGACCUGCUUCAUGAAAUCAUUCAGCGUCACCUAACUGCGAAAUCUCAUGGACGAGUCAACCACGUGUUUGAUCACUUCUCAGAUUGUGAAUUUUUGGCUGCCUUGUACAAUCCAUUUGGAUCUUACAAGUCUCACCUUCAGAGACUCUGUGAUGGUGUCAACAAAAUGUUAGAUGAAGGGAAUAUAUAAUUAACUGCAUCGGUGGUGUAUAUUCAUAGGCUGAGGACUACUGAUGGUCUUGAUUCAAUGAAGGAAGGCUAGAAAAACUGUGUGGUAAUGGCAAAAUUGAAUACCAAAACAAAUACUAAAUAUUUAGAAAUUUCUUCAUCAAAUUGACCCAUUUAUUUGGAGUCAUCUAUUGCUAUUCUUUCUUUUUGCAGUACUUUGCUUUAAAACGUGGAGCAAUAAAGCCAUGAAACGGGAUUACUCGUGAAACAGAGCUUUUGUAAAAUAGACAGGAAAAGUGUACAGCAAGAUAAUCAGAAUCAAAAUGCAUAUUUCUACAUGUAGAAGAGUAUUUAUAAUCCUACAAAGGAUCAAUAUUUUUUUAUAUACACAAAUCAUGACUAUGGCACAUAUAUGAUAACUGGAGUUAGAUUUAAUAGAACCUAUGCUACUUAAUCUAGAUCCAUAUAUGCUAUACAUAAAUGCUUAGGUCACAUGGUCUUAGUUAUACUGUUAAAAUAGUUCUGUUUUGUAGGGCUGGUUCUCAUAUAAGACAGUAAGAGACCACACAAUUGCCUUUGAAAUGUGCAGGGCUGCUGCCAGAUGCAUCUGGAAAUACUUCACUGGCAUAAACUGACAUCUGUACAUGGCAGCCCCUGUUCCCAUAACGGUAGUAGUAGUUCAUCAAGCUGUUGUCCUGUGGUUAUUGCAUCUGCAUAUGCUUCACAUAUAUUGGCAUGAUUUCACAUAUCAUACUUCCAUGGCAGACCAGUACAGCCCACCUCUAAACCUUGUUGCAUGUACUCUCGAGGGAAUUCACAAAGGCUGUUUCCAUAUGAACCUACCCUUAAUCAUACCAUUUAAGGCUUUAGCUUGUUAAUCUAUAGUAUCAUAAUUUUGUGUGCUUUAUCAGCUGAAUGGUCUGGAUUUGAUUGAUGUAUUACUAUUCUUAGUUGGCUACAGUAAUAAAGUGUGGCCAGGAAAACUAUACAUUAGUAGUGUGUGGUUAAAUGAAGCACCCAUAUACAUUUUCCCAUUCUGCUAACAAUACCCUCACACAAACCAAAAAUUAGCUUAAUCCAAAAUUACCGGUACUGUCAUCGCUAAGGGGCUUGCUUUUAAAUAGAAAUUGUCCUAAAUACUCCAAUCCCACAGUGGGCACAUGGAGUUCAGUCUGCAAAUGCCUUUUCUCAUUUCUGUAGAAAAUGUACUUCCAGAUCAGGUUCCUCAAUAAAAUGAGGCACCCUGCAGGCACAAGUCAACGUUUUGUGUAUGUGAGCACAUGAGAAUCUAUAGCGUGGGGUGACAAAAUGCAGUAACUAUGGAUGGUAUUGUGAAUCUGCAAACCAUAAGUACCAGCACCAAAUUCUGAACAAUAUUGUGUACAUUGCCUGUGAAACAGAAGUCACUCUGUAGAACCUAGAGUAAAUGUAUAGCAAAUAUGGUGAAAUGCAUCUUAUAACUGCAGCAGCUUGUAUAAGAUUUCUUUAAAAAAUAAUACAGUAUAGAGGUGAAAAUAGGAGUAUCCAAAGGAAUUUGCUGAAAAUGUAAUGUUUUUUGUAUGUCACACAAGUCUUUGCUGAUUGCCAGGUUUUAAAAAGAAUUGUGACUAAAAGAAUAUAUUCUUAUAAAUGCUGUGCCUGAUUUUCUAUGGCACAACAAAUCAAAAAAAUAGAUAUGCACUACUUAAUUAAAUCCAAGCCAUGUUUUGUUCCUUCUUGACAAGUCUCUAAUACUUUUUGUACAACAUGCCAUUUCUACUAUGGGUAGUUGCUUUCCCUAAGGCAUUGCAAAAUAUAUGUUUUAUUGCUGCAGGAAGAAACUUUAUUUCCUUUAAGUUUUACCACUCAUUAGCAUAGUUUGAGAUAAUUCUGUUAAGACUUAUUUAGCUGCCCUUAACACCACUACAUUUAGAUUGAGAUGGGUAUAAUUCAGAGCAUGGAGAAUCCCUAUGAAAAUAUAUACUAGAAAUCUGAGUGCUAUCAAACCCUGGAUAAUGUAUAAUACUUCUGUUAUAUAGGUGGCACAUAAUAUUCUAAGGCUGCAAUCCUGUAUAUACCUUAACUGGGGGUGACCCAUUGAACUCAGUGGGACUUAUUUUUUGAGCAAACAUGUUUCUGAAUGUGUUGUAAUUGCAUUUUAGCUGGCAAAAUGUCAUACUGGAAUAUCAGAAGUGGUACAGAGUGGCUAUACAAAGCAUCAUCUAGUGGAAAAAGAAAUCUAUUGAAUAAAAUACUGAACAUUUCUA